AGAUCGUUUUCACAGAACGUUCGAAUACCGUUCUAUACGCGUGGGCGCCAUGUUGGAUGAUAACCUGGAUGAAUGGAACAUGUAUUAAACAUGGCAGCACAACUAAACUUACCGGCCACGAGUACAGGAGUGCUAUUUUCUUCUUAUUGCCACUCAUUAAGUGGUCAUGCCAAGGUCAGGUAUGAGGAGAAGGUCUCUGCCAUUGGGUUUGACCCGUACAGUUUGCACAAAUCGGCGUUUGAUAGCGAUUUAGCUCUAGUGCCGUCGGUGGAGUACCCGGACAUAGUGAAUUAUCUUGUCCUGACAACCUCUUGGGCCACUAACAACCAAAUGAAGGCGUACAAGUCUAUGGAGGCGUACAACUUCUUUGUGUCGGGCUGGGUGGACACCCUGCAGAUGAAAACAGUCAGCCCUGACAAGGUCCUUGUAGCAGCGCGGGUGAAGCAUUCACAAAGAAACACGGCAACACCAUUGAAACCGUGGUUUCUCGCAGAAGAAAAUGGAAACAUUCUCCUCGCGCACUGUGAUUGCAUGGCGGGUGUGAGUGAAGCCUGCUCGCAUAUCGGUGCAAUACUUUUUGCCGCGGAAGUUGGGGCAAGGCUAAGGAAUUCAACAUCCUGUACCGACGUCGAGUCUUAUUGGUCAGCGCCAACAUAUGUCCGAAACAUACCAUAUCUGCCUGCAUCCGGGAUGGACUUUCAGUCGGCAAAGAAAAAACACGCUUUGUUGAUGGAAAACAACGUAACCCCAUCGGCCACACGCACAGUGCCAGAGGGUAACACGGAAGCUGGUACAAGCUGUGAUGAACAGAAGGCAUUUUUCCAGAAGCUUUCCGAAUCAGGUUGUCGUCCAGGCAUCCUUUCCCUUGUCGCUCCCUUCAAUGAAAAGUAUAUUCCAAAGGACAUUGCACUUCCUAAACCAAUCCCUGAACAUUAUAACCCAAGAUAUGCUGAACUAAGUUUUGAUGAGCUAUUAGAGAAGUGUUCCGAAGUAAAUGAAAAUCUCUCUCUGACACCAGGCCAAAUCCACGCAAUUGAAGAGAGCACACGAGACCAGGCGAAAUCAAAUGUCUGGUACAGACAAAGAGCUGGUCGCAUUACAGCGUCCAAUCUAAAGGCUGCUUGCCACAGUAACCCAGAUAAGCCAUCUAAAUCUGUGGUUAUGGGUGUAUGUUAUCCGCAGACACAACGUUUUGUCAGCCCGUUUACAAAUUGGGGGCAGUUGCAUGAAAGUACAGCACUGAAAGUAUAUGAAGAGAGAAUGAUUGACAACCAUGAAGGUUUCCAAACUUACGAAAGUGGCCUACAUAUCAACAAUGACUGGCCUUAUCUAGGAGCAACACCUGAUGGUUUGGUUGAAUGUAAGUGUUGUGGGAAAGGGGUAUGUGAAAUGAAGUGUCCAUUUACUGCCAAAGAUCUCUUGCCAACUGAUUUAGCAAAUACCAGAAACUUCUGCUUGAAGAAAACCAAUGACAUAGUUCACCUUGACCGCUCACAUGCUUACUACUACCAAGUACAGGCACAGAUGUUCAUAUGUGAUGUAGAGUAUUGUGAUUUUGUGGCAUGGACAAAGAAGGGGGUGUUCAUUGAAAGAAUCCUACCAAAUGCAGAGUUUUGGGAUAGUGCAACGUUGAAAUCUAAGGAGUUCUUUGACAAGGCAAUCCUCCCUGAAAUUGUUGGCAAGUGGUUCUCCAAAACCGAAUCAUCAGGAUGAAAAAGAAACAUUAAAUGUUCAUAAUGUUCACCAAG